AUGCAGGUAGAUGAAGAGGAGGUAGAUGAAGAGGAGGUUGAUGAAGAGGAGGUAGAUGAAGAGGAGGUUGAUGAAGAGGAGGUAGAUGAAGAGGAGGUAGAUGAAGAGGAUGUAGAUGAAGAGGAUGUAGAUGAAGAGGAGGUUGAUGAAGAGGAGGUAGAUGAAGAGGAGGUAGAUGAAGAGGAGGUAGAUGAAGAGGAUGUAGAUGAAGAGGAGGUUGAUGAAGAGGAGGUAGAUGAAGAGGAGGUUGAUGAAGAGGAGGUAGAUAAAAAGGAGGUUGAUGAAGAGGAGGUAGAUGAAGAGGAGGUAGAUGAAGAGGAGGUAGAUGAAGAGGAGGUUGAUGUUAAUGGUGAUGCUCAAGGCAGCAAUGAUGCCCGGGACGACGGAGAGUAA